GGGGCGUGUACUGUGCAUGUGUAAGCCUGCCUCCAAUAAGUAGACCUCGGAGAGCAAUGAGGAGCAGAGACAGAGACAUCAGAUAACAGGUUGGAUUUACACACCACAGCUGCGGGCGCUCCGCGCUCUUUUUCCUCCUCGGGCUCCUUUGUGGCAUCAGGACAUGGACCUGGGCUCGGUCAGGAUGAAGCUGGCGCUCCUCUGUUUGUGUCUCCUGCAGCUGGCCCUCGUCAGCGCCGGAAUCUUCACCCGCAACGAUCUUCAAGCCACCUACAGCAAUCUGUCAGCGAGCAGGGCCCAAAGCUCUCACAGCACAGGAUCUUUGAACCAAGGGAGACAGAAACCACUGUUCGCGAGGAGAGGACAGUACGAACGCCAGAGGAUUCAUGUGCCAAAGCACAGAGUGGUUCCCGUUCCUCCAAACGACCAUCCUCCUCCUCCUCUUUCUCCUAAAGUGGCACCCAAGCCUGUGAAUCCAAAGUGCUCUCAGGUGACACAGAGCUGUCUACCACAGUCUGGCUGCUGUGAUCCAAACACCAUGUGCCACUGCCGCUUCUUCAAUGCCAUCUGCUUCUGCCGGAGAGCCAACGAGAAGAAGACAUAAAAAAAAAAAAAAAAAAACACCAGCACGCUACCGAGAACACACUACCACGAUUGUGUUUUAGCAGUUUAUUCAACCACCUCAAUACACAGACUGAUGCAUCAUUGUAGAUGAGACCAUGGGCAUCACAAACCUCUGAAGGCAAGAACUGCACAUCUAUUUGAAGGAGUCUAAAAAACCUUUAUACCUCUUGUGCACAGCAGCUGUUUGGACAGACAGACACCACAUACUUAAGCUAAAAUUCUACUAAAACUCAUUCAUACUUAUGUGAAUUCCUUUGAAUAGUAUUUACUGUAUGUUAUCAGUAUUAUCAUUAUCUUUACUUUUGCUCUCAUUGUUGAUGUUGUUGAUGUUGUUGUUGUUGUUGUUGCAUUUCACCAGUGUGUCAGCACCAGUAUCCUGUGACUACAUACACAUGUUUUGUAUUGUUUUGUAUUGCUACUGUUAUUAUGGCCAUAAUUGUGUGAAUUAUAUGAAAGAUCUUUAUCUGAUUAGAGGAAUUCUCUGUCAACCAAAACAUCUUUAGUUGAUGGUCUCUAUCUGCAGACUUUGAUGUGUAUUCUGUAAGAGAAGAGAAGUGUUUGUCUCACAGUCACUGCAGCCUCAGCAGUGGAUGAUGUGAAUAAUAACCUGAUAUACACCUGAUAUAAGAGUUAGGGUUGCUAACUCUUGUGUAUAUCAGAAGUAAAAGUGGGCGUCAGUGGGAGGCAACAAUCACUGCAGCAGAUAAACAUGGUGUUUCUCAUCUUUCACACUGUAUCUAUAAAUAGACUUUGUUUAUUAGGGGGGAUCCACUAAUAACAGGACUAAAGUCAGGUGCUACUGAAUCGCAGGUGAAGCUUUAAAGGGAAAAACUUCAAGUUUCUUUAUUUACUGGUGCAGAAAUCUUAUGAUGCCUUGAAAAUCUGUACUCAUCAGUUUGUUUAUCUCGGGCUAAAGAUUCUCCCUGACAGGCUGGGUAUAUAUAUGAUAAAGAUAGUUGUACCCCUAAAUCUACCAAUCUCUCUUACAUCCUCCUCCUCAAGAUUUAAGCCUCCACAAUUAUGUUCUUCAUUUGGCCCACCACAUUUCCAAAUAGCAGCUACAAAAACCCAGAGAGGAGGGCAGCUUGAGGCUUCCAGUAUGUCAGCAUUAUUAUUGACCUUGUGAUUUUUUUGGCAUGUAGAUUCCCUGUGCAAAGUAGACAUGAGUGGUUUGUGACUGACAAAAUCUUCUUUGUGAUAAUUUCAAAACCUGACUCACCAGAUAAAUCCUAAAUAAAUCAUUUAGGAUUCCCAGACAAAUCAAGAUGGUGCUGUAUGUUCAUUUUGUCUCUUUUAGCCAGUUAAAAGAUUCAUUCAGGUAUAUAAGUCAGAGUUCAGCCCACUCUGACAUCUGCUGACUCCUCAGCAGCACGCCUCCCUGGUUCUCACCUCCAAACAUGUUAUAGCACAGCUGGUCUUUAAGGAGAAUAUCUCCUCUGAACAUCUGCAGGGAGCAGGGAAGCUGGCUCUGAGCUUUGAGGAAAGGACUAAGUAGAGUCAGGCAUUGUUCUGUUCAGCUCAUACAACUCAAAACUAUAUAUAGUCUAUGCUAUUCAAAAGUCAAGCUCCUGUUUCCCCUGAAAGUGACAAAUCAGAGUCAAAGGUUUGGACAAGUUUAUUGAAAUGAGUUCCUUGUCAAACUGACACUCUAUGUUUGCUAAGAUUUAGAGACCCUUUGUGGAUUCUUUAUCAUCCAUCCCUCGGACACUUUGUUGCAGUAACAGUGUGUAUUUCUUACUCAGCUUGUCUCAGUAUACAAGUACUCUUUACUAACACUAUGGUAAUAUACCUCAUUAUAUUCUGGACAUUUUGGGGUGUGUGUGUGUGUGUGGGUGGGGGGGGGUGAAGUUUUUGCUGCUCUUUUUUUAUCCUUUUUUUCUUGUAUGUUUAUUUUGUAUACUGAACAAACUGUGACAUACAGAAUUACAUUUUGUCAUGUAAAAUAUAUAAAAACUACAUUAUUUCUUUAAC